AUGACCGAAUUGCACUCUGAAGACAAUGCCGCGGUUGCUACCGAUUCUCCAAGGGUUUCGCGAAACCACAAACUCGAUGACGGUUCAACGGAAGAGUAUAGGGUUAGGGUUUGCUCCGACGGUAACACAUCGUCCGCCGUUGAUCGAUUCGCGGCGGAAAAUGACAGCGACAAAAUUCCUGGUUUCGAUAGCAGAUCGCUGCUGUCAGAAUUCGACGAGUACGUGGCAGCUGAGAGGCACGUGUCACGGGAUCUAGGGUUUGGGUUUGAGGUCGGUGACAUGGUGUGGGGGAAGGUGAAGUCUCACCCGUGGUGGCCUGGGCACAUAUAUAACGAAGUAUUUGCGUCCCCUUCGGUGCGUCGCUUGAAGCGGGAGGGUCACGUGUUGGUGGCUUUCUUCGGCGAUAGUAGCUACGGCUGGUUCGAACCGGCCGAGCUUAUUCCGUUCGACGCAAAUUUCGCCGAGAAAUCACAGCAGACGAAUUCGAGGACGUUUUUGAGGGCCGUGGAGGAGGCGGUCGACGAGGCCUGCAGGCGGCGUGGGCUUGGUUUAGCUUGUAGGUGUAGGAACACUGAUAAUUUUAGGCCUACAAAUGUUGAAGGGUAUUUUUUUGUUGAUGUGGAAGAUUAUGAGCCCGGAGGGUUGUAUUCUGAAGGCCAGAUUACGAAGGCAAGGGAUAGUUUUAAUCCGAGUGAGACUCUUGCUUUCGUGAAGCAAUUGGCGAUUGCUCCACAUGAUGGUGGCCGCGGAAGCAUUGGAUUCACUAACAAUAAGGCUACCCUUUCAGCUUAUCGGAAGGCAGUGUUUGAGCAGUUUGAUGAGACUUAUGCCCAGGCCUUUGGGGUUCAGCCGAUGCGCGCCAAUCAUCCUCAGAUUUGUCCACUCGAUCCGCCUGGGACCGUGAGGCACACUCCUAGAGCUCCUUUGAGUGGUCCACUGGUGAUUGCAGAAGUGUUGGGUGGUGGGAAAAGCUCUACCAAAUCUCUUAAAGUUAAGGAGGCUUCGAAGAAGGAUAGGUACCUUUUUAAGCGGAGAGAUGAUCCAAAUAACUCUGUCCAAUUAGCAUACAAGGAGGACAAGUGCGAUGUUACAAAUAGUUAUGUAUUUCAGAAGAGGGUUCCAGCUGUGUCUAUGACACAUCAUAAAUUAGAAAAACAAGCAGACACAGGAUUUAUUAGUCAUGACAGUGCUGCUUUAAUUUUGGAUGAUAAAGAACAUUUAAAAGGCCAGGUUCAAGCAGCAGAUGGCUCUGGUCAUUCUUCUGCCAUUUCCUCAGAUGCAAAUCCUCACCCUGACAAGGGAAAGGAAUCUUCUGAAGAAAUGACACACAACUUUGAACAUGAUAAUGCUUCUAGUAAAAGAAUGGUCAGGUCUGAUAUGUCUGAUGAGUUGGCAUUAUUAAGCACAGUUGAUGAGAUGUCUCAACUAUUACAUUUGGAGAACCAAGUUUCUGUUGAUGUUAAAUAUGAUGAGAAUGCAAAAUUGUCUGGACCAUGUGAAGAUUUUAACCAAGUAGAGCUGGGAUGCCCUGUUACUGUUGGAGUAAAUGACAUGCAUCAGCUUAAGAGUGAAAAUAACGUUUAUGGUUCACCAUUUGAAACAAAGCAUAACAAAAUUAGUGGGGUGACGAAGAUAAAAGGUCAUAAGAGACCUGCAACUGAGUUGAACUCUGAGAAUUCUGUUGUUGGAGAGAGAAAGAAGAAAAAGAAAAAGGACUUAUAUUUAAAACCUGAUGCUAAGUUGAACUCUGAGACUUCUGCUGUUAGAGAGAGAAAGAAGAAAAAGAAAAAGGACUUAAAUUUAAAACCUAUCUUAGGCUUUCCAGAGAAGCAUUCUACUGUUGUUAGGAAAUCAGUACACCUUUCUGUAAAAUCAACAGGAAGAGCUGUCUCAAGUGGUUUCUCUCCAAGAGAGGAUUUCCCUUCAGAACAAGUGGAGGUGGAUGCUAAUGCACGAAAUUUGCUGCCCAUGGAUAUAAGAGGUAAUGCUAAUUUGGAAUUGCCACAACUUUUGGGUGACUUGCAGGCUCUUGCUUUGGAUCCUUUUCAUGGCAUUGAAAGAAAGAUCCCUUCAGCUGUUCAGCUAUUCUUUCUGCGAUUCAGGUCUCUUGUUUACCAGAAAAGCUUGUCUGUAUCUCUACCAACCGAGAAUGAAACUCCUGAAGGCCGCCUCACUAAAUCUCCUUCCAGUCUCAGAACAUCUGACAGUCCUGAUGAGUAUGUCAAAGCUUCACCGGUUGUAAAACCUGUGAAACAUAUUGUUCGCCCUGAUGAUCCUACAAAAGCUGGGUGGAAAAGGGCUCCUUCUGAUCGGCAAGAUGAAAUUGCUGCCAAGAGGUUGAAGAAAAUCAAGGAUUCAAAGGCUUUAGCUUCAGAAAAGGCUUUGACUAGUCAGAAAACUUCUGAAGCCCGGCGAGAAGAUGGAAAAGAAUCCAUGUCUCAAGCUCCAUCCAAGUUACUGAAACUAGACUCAACCAAGAAAGUGGACAGUCCGGCUAAGGCAGUUGAGCCCACAAUGUUGAUGAUCAAAUUUCCUCCUGAAACAUCACUUCCAUCUAUUGCAGAGCUGAAGGCAAGGUUUGCUCGCUUUGGCCCAAUGGACCAAUCAGGUUUCCGUGUAUUUUGGAACUCGUCAACUUGUCGGGUUGUUUUCUUGCACAAGACUGAUGCUCAGGCUGCAUAUAAAUACUCUGUAGGAAAUCAAUCCUUAUUUGGUAGUGCAGGUGUGAGGUGUUUCCUUAGGGAAUUUGGGGAUUCUGCACCUGAAGUCUCUGAAGCUGCGAAGGGUAGGGCAGAUGAUGGUGCCGGUGAAACAACUCGGGUCAAGGAUCCUGCAGUGGUUCAUCGCCAGGCAUCAGCAUCAUCUUUGCUACCUCUUCCUCAGCCCAUCCAACUCAAGUCCUGCCUGAAGAAAUCUACAGGUGAUGAGUCGGGUCUGGUUACGGGUAAUGGAAGUAGUAGUAAAGGAAACUCUCGUGUAAAAUUCGUGUUAGGUGGGGAAGAAAGUAGUAAGGGAGACCAAAUAAUGGUGGGUAGUAGAAACAAGUUCAACAAUGCUAAUUUUGCUGAUGCUGGCUCACCUUCUGUUGCAAUGGAUUUUAAUAGUAAGAACGUUCAAAAGAUGACAUUACAACCCCCGUUGCCUAUUAUUCCCCUUCCUACUCAGUUUUCAAAAACCUCCCAACAUAAUUUGCGUAAUUCUGAAUUGGCAAUGGCACCCCGAAACAGUCCGAAUUUUAUUAACGCCACAGCAUCAGCUACUCCAAGCACAGUUGAUAUAUCACAGCAGAUGAUGCACCUUUUGACAAGGUGCAGCGAUGUUGUGACUAACCUCACUGGCUUAUUAGGCUAUGUGCCUUACCAUCCGCUUUGA